UCGAGCUCAUAGCAAUUACUACUUAUAGUCUCGUGCGCACUUCUUUGUCAUCUUCUGGUUGUAUGCGUAAUGAAUAAGAAGAGCAUGCGGCAAGCAAACCCAACGAGAAAACAAUCGUUACGGUGAAAUCAAAGCAAAUUCGCUGCUCGGACCUGCAAAUAUCGAAGUUGGCUGAAAAGGGUAGGAGAAAUCCUCAAAUGGCAAAUCAAUCUUCAGCUUCUCCUAUCCUCUGCGCUUCCUUCAAUCAAGAUAACAGUUGCUUUGCUAUAGGAACGAGGGAUGGAUUCAAAAUAUUUGACUCGAGUACUGGGAAGCUCUGUUACGAAAAAGCUAUUGGAGCAUUUAGCCUUGUUGAAAUGCUGUUCAACUCAAGCCUUCUUGCCAUAGUUGGAGCAGGAGAGCAGCCAUCACUAUCACCACGUCGGCUUUGUCUUUUCAACACUGUAACUGGCGCUGCACUUAGAGAACUAAACUUUUUGACCUCAAUUGUUGCUGUUCGCAUGAGUAGGAAAAGGCUUGUUGUUAUAUUGCAAGAUAAGGCAUACAUAUAUGACUUGAACAGUCUUGCAAUCUUGGACACAUUUGAUAUAGUGCCAAAUAUAAAAGGACUUUGUGCAUUCUCCCCUAGUUUGGAUGGCUGCUAUUUGGCACUUCCAGCAAGUACAACCAAAGGAUCUGUGUUGGUUUACAAUGUAAUGGAACUCCAUUCACACUGUGAGAUAGAUGCUCAUCGUUCACCAUUGGCUGCAAUUGUCCUUUCCUCAAAUGGAAUGUACAUAGCAACAGCCUCUGAGCAGGGCACCAUAAUCAGAGUUCAUAUGGUUUCACAAGCAACCAAGCAGUCAUAUAGUUUCCGAAGAGGGAUGUCCCCAUCAACCAUAUACACAUUGUCAUUUGGUCCGUCAAUGCACCUUCCAGACAUUCUUGUUGCUACAAGCUCUUCUGGUUCUGUUCAUGUUUUUCGUCUUGGAUUUAUCCUAAAUCAAAGAAGUUUAAGAUCAAGUAAUCUUCUCGGAUCACUGAUACCUGACUCUAUAAAUGAUGCUUUUGAAGCUGAUCAUCAUCAUGUGCUCCACAAUGCAGUUCCAGCUGGAGUCAAAAGCUAUGUUGUGAUCCGCAGUGUGGACAAAGUUGUCAGCACUUCUAUAACCCAGUCCCAGGCUUCCACUUCUAGAGCUUGUAUUUCCAUUAUCACAUACAACGGCUACUUUCAGGAGUACAGUUUAAGUAUCAAUGAUACAAAUGAAGCUUCGUGGGGUUUGGAGCGUGAAUUUAAUCUGUUAACAGCAAUUCCUGAUAAAUUAACCGAUGCUUGAUAUUAUUAUGAUGAACUUUCUCCGACUCUCUUCAUCCUGUUGAAGUGCAUGAAGAACUGUGAAUAUGUGUAAGAUUCAAGAAAUAUUCUUAGUAAUUAUCCUAGCUUAUCUGUACCGUUCAUUAUGUAUCCAAGUUGAUUCUAGCAAGAAAAAUGGUAUAUUGCAAGAAGUGCACCCCCCCAUGAUCAAUUGGUUAAAACCAGCAGGAAAUGUAGAUUGCUUUCUGACAUCAAGCUAUGGAAGAAUGAAAUAGGUAUUAUUACCAUUUGUUUUGUAUAUUGAUCUAAGCUCAAGGCUAUAGUUUGGCUGUGUAUUCAAUUUAGUGGUUGUGUUAUAUAUAUUGUAAAAGGCCUUAAGCCUCCAUGGAAGGAAAAACAGAAAUUGGAAGACAAUUGAUUGUGUAUGGACUCUUUGUUUAAUCUUUCACUACUUGGGGGUGUUCA